AUGGCUGGAUCUCCAACUAAUUGUCAAUCGCAAAAGAUUGAUAUUAUAUCAAUGGGUGGAUCUCCGACUAAUUCUCAAGUUCUCUUACCCGCUUCAUCAACUAAUAACGACCAAGAAUCACAAAACCGCGGCUUUAUAAAAGUUUCCUCGCCAAGAAAAUCACGCAAAAUUGAUGGUGAUAAGAUCAAUAUAAAAGUUGUAAUCGUCGGUGAUGGUGCGGUUGGCAAAACCGUUCUCUUGGGGACGUACGUGCGUGUGGCAUUUUGGGACACAUGUGGUCAAGACGAUUUUGAUCGCCUAAGAGCAUUAUCAUAUCCAGAUGCUGAUGCCGUAAUAAUUGCGUUUGCUGCUAAUGAUCCUGCUAGCUUGGAUAACGUAUAUGGGAGUUGGACAUCUGAAGUAAGGCACCACCUCCCAAAUGUUCCGAUUUUCUUAGUUGCAACAAAAAUAGAUAAGAGGACUGACGCUCGCAAUGACGCCCGUAUUGAAGUGGUGACUUAUGAAGAUGGGUCUGCAGUCGCGAAAAAUAUAAAAGCGACGGGGUAUUUAGAAUGUUCGGCAAAGACUGGUGGAGGUUUGGAUAAUGUGUAUGAACAUGUCAUUCGUGCUGGAGUUUUGUAUAAUUUGACGGUAGCUUUCAGCGUAUCGGUCACGAUAAUAUUAUGGACCAAUAGAAAACAGCGAGCAGCAAAAAAACAGAAGCAUUUAACAAGAAUCUUAGUCUGCCUAGCUCGAUUUUUUGCAACUCCACGAUGUAAUGCAUUCUUAUCUUCCGUUUACGUUCAGAUUCAGGAAUCUUCAUCACCAGUACAUGCCAAUGAUCCUCCAUCUCCCAAUAUAUACUAA